GUAGCGCGGUAUCCUCUUAGUUUGAUUUAAAUUUCAACCAAAUAUUUUGCAAGUGAAUUAUGUGAAACCGCCGUCGGCCCUUUCCUGUCGCUCUAUCUCUUUCUUUCUCCCUCCUUCCUCCUUUCUCGCUUUUCCUCCCUUUCUUCCUUCACCCUUUUUCGCGGUUGCCAUUUUCCGUUCUUCCCUUGUCCCCUCGUUGUUUCGCGUUUGGUUGAGCAUUGGUGCGCAGCUAUCGCCGCCGGUCAGCCCAUUCAGUCGGCGGCAGCUUGGACCUCUCCCUUCCCUCUACCUUUUCCUUCAUUCUCCCCUCUCUCUCCAUUCAAAUAGCCGAGAAUCCAGGAUGCAGGGAAAUCAAAUUGGUUUUACAUUUCUUUGAGUGCAGGGACCUAUCAACUACUUAUACCCAAUUACACCUGAACUUGAAGAGUGAGUGAGCUGUCCUGCCCUUGAGGAGUGGAGAUUGCGGAGAUUGCGUGGUAAUGCUUCGCACCACAAAGCAAAAACCCACAAAAUUCAAAUAAUUUCACAAAAGGAAAAAAAAAAAACCCUACCAAAACCUUAAGAAGGAAAACCCCAGAAAAAUUAAACAGAAACAAAAUGCUUAAGUGAAAAGCAAAGAAGACAAAGAAUGGUGAUCUCUUUGCCAUCUCUUACUCUCAAUGUUGUGUCAAGAUCAUCCCGAUUCUUCUCUUUACUCCCUUCUUUCCCUCAGUAUGCAAGAAGAGAAGCAAUCACUUGUAUUGGGGCUCCCACCUACCAUUUUUCUUCUGCAGCGGAUUUUUCAGAGUGUGAAUUUGAUGAAUUUCAUGAUGAUAACAAAGAAACAAAGAAGGACACUGCACUACGUCAGGCUCUCUCGCAGCUUGCUGGUGACUUUGGUAGAGAGUCUAUGUUGUCCUUGCAGCGUUUUUUCAACUCAAGGCGUGCUCCUGUGAUAUCUACAGGAUCAUUAAAGCUUGAUCUAGCACUUGGCAUUGGAGGAUUACCAAAGGGAAGAAUGGUUGAAAUUUAUGGGCGAGAAGCAUCUGGCAAGACAACAUUAGCACUUCAUAUAAUCAAAGAAGCACAAAAGCUUGGAGGCUAUUGUGCAUAUCUUGACGUGGAGAAUGCUUUGGACCCUUCAUUUGUGGAAUCAAUAGGUGUAAACACAAGAAAUCUUCUUAUUUCACAUCCUGAUUCUGCUGAGAAUUUGCUGUGUAUGGUUCAUACACUUACCAAAAGUGGAUCUGUAGACGUAAUUGUGGUUGAUAGUGUUGCUGCCCUUGUUCCUCAAUGUGAACUUGAUGGUUCAAUUGGUGAUAGUGGGCGUGAUGUACAAGCACGAAUAAUGACCCAAGCACUUCGAAAAAUUUAUUCUUCUUUAUGCUGUUCCCGAACUCUUAUUAUAUUUCUUAAUCAGGUUAGAUAUAAUUCAAAAUCAGGUCAAGCUUUUGGACACAUGGAAGAGGUCACUUGUGGUGGAAAUGCCCUGAAAUUUUAUUCUGCAAUACGGUUGAGGAUGAUAAGAACUGGAUUGCUGAAGAGUGAGGAUAAGAUAACUGGUCUUGGGGUUUGUGUGCAAGUGAUGAAAAAUAAGUUUGCACCUGCAAUGAAGAAAGCUGAAUUGGGAAUCCAGUUUGGUAGGGGCUUUAGCUGUGAAUCUGAGGUCCUAGAAUUGGCAUGUGAGUAUGAAAUCAUCAGCAAAGAAGGAAGUAACUUCUUAAUUGAAGGGGAGGCAUUUGGUGAUAAAGAGAAAGCUGAACAAUACUUGGCUGAAAAUGAUGGUGUUCUUGAAAAGAUAGUGAUGAUUUUAAGGACAAAAUUAUUUGAAAGGAAAAUCUGAUUGUGAUAGACCCCUGCAGAUGAGAGCAGUGGACUUGGUAGAAUUCAACAGAAGGUUUAAAAUGGUAGAGUGCAUCAACUGAAUCACAUCCUUGGGGGAAUUCUGAUGCUCAUCAAUAAUAUCGUAGGGUCAUGGUGACAAUCAAGAGCUCAAGCUAAAGCAACUAUCAAGAAGGAAAUGGGUGUAGUGGUUCCCCUUGUUGGUUCAUACGAGACAAUCUUCAAAGAUGAAGUCAAUUUUUGAAAGAGAUACAAAGAGAAAAGAGUUUGACGAAUUCUUGGGUGAAGUUUAAAUGGGCAUGAACUAAAGGGACAGUGUAGUAUUUUUGUGGUGAAGAUGGCCUGGCAUAUGAAUUUUACAAUUCCAUCUGCUUUGUUUUCAUUGUAUAAUAGGAUUAGGUUAAAAUCAUUCACACUGUAAACUAUCAUUCUAGCAUGUUUAUUAGGGUAGAGAUAGCAUGUUUACUAGGGUAGAGAUAGAUAUUAAUUGACAUUGCAGUUUCAUGUUAUUUCAAAAUAUAUCAUUUUGACUCAUGAGUUAGAAACAAGUUACAAUUUAGAUGGAAGACGAAGAACAUUGAGACGUGUAACCUUGGGACAAGAUUUUGGUACAUUUUUUAAGUUAUGUUUUUGUGAGUUUAA